AUGGGACCAUUGUGUGCCGUUUGUGAAUCGCCUACUGCUUUCACUCUACAUUUUGGAGGGAGAUGUUGUAAAGCAUGUGCUGCAUUCUUCCGUCGAACAAUUGCUCUUGAUCUGAAAUAUGAGUGUGCUGCAGAUGAUCCUUGUGAAAUACAUUUCAAAUUUCCAGGCAUGCGUCUUGUAUGCAGAGAGUGCCGUCUUCGCAAAUGCUAUUCAGCUGGAAUGAGAUCCGAAUUAGUUCGUUCCAAGCGCGAAAACUUUGCAUGCACCCGUCGGAAGGAUUCCCGAAACAAUUCAGAUGCAGCACCGAACAGUAAUUCUCCAUCAACAAGACAGUCUUCGAGCCCAGAAGAAAUGGAUGACUGGUCAUUUCAAAUGUUUGAGGAGAAGCCUAAAAUAGAAGAUCUUCCAUUAACACCUUCUAUAUCUCAUCCACCAUUACCAACUCAGCUAAUGCCAGAAGAAUCUUCACGAACAUCGUCAUUUGAUGGGGGAUACUGUUCAUCUUAUCCAUCAUCAUCAGCAGCCACCCAUCCAUCUCCACCUGGAAUGUUAUAUUCAAUUGAAAACAAUUCAAUUUUACAAUACUAUCAUUCAAUGGAAACUGGAUUAUGCUCGAAAAGAAGAAUAAUGUACACAAAUACUGGUAUGGACUUCAUUCUGGAUACUCAUGCAAAUUUGCAAUGUCCGUUCACAGUCAAUGAUCUACGCCCACACGAUUACCGAAAUUUUCGUGGAAUGCUCAGACAUGAUUUUGUAAUGCUUUUUGACUACGCAACACGAUUUCCAGAGUUUAAUAGUUUUACGAGUCAUGAGAAAAAUAUGUUCUAUCGGCAAAUUGUUGCUGUUGAUUUUAUAUUGUCUUCCGCAUAUUACACGGCAAAACUCGGUCAAGCACAUCGUCAAAUGGUAUUGACAAAUGGUGAAUAUCUGAAUAUGGAUCCUUUACCAAUGUCCGGAAAUGAAAUUGAUGCCAGACGAUAUUUUGAUUGCGAUGAGGACUUUUCAAAGUAUAGAGCUCUAAUGCCAAUGCACAUCGCCAUUUGGGAAGAAAGCAUCGUCCCAUUUUCCAAACUGAAUGUCACUUUUGAAGAAUUUUGUUUGUUGAAGGCACUUACAGUAUGGCAAGCUACAUACUUCAAGCUAACUGAAAAUGGCCGUGAAAAAUGUCGUAGACAAAGGAAUAUCAUAAUUGGCUUUCUAUCAAAAAUGUGUCAUUCACCAGGUGGAGGCGGAGAGCAUCGUGUUGGAGAACUUCUGAUGAGUAUGAAUUAUCUCAGGGAAUCUGCUCAAAAACUCACAACUUCUUACGUGAUGCUCACAGUUUUCAAUGUUCUCAACUGUGAUUCAAUGCUUCAUGAAAUGCUUAAUUUUCAAUACUAGCUAAAUAUUUGUGUGAAAGUGUUUUAUUAUGUUCAAAUUUUAUUGUUUUAUCAUGAUCGUCAAUAAAACAAGGGCAAAUACUGUUUUACUACUUGAUCUCUU